CCCCCCCUCCCGCCGCCACGUUGGUUACGUCCGUGUCGCAGUCUGUGCUGCGCAGCGCCAACGUUGUGUUUGUGAUGAGGCGGGAAAUGGCGCCCGAACACUCGGCUCGUCGCCGCUGAGCGACGGACGCAGCUGGCGGCGAAAACCACCACGGCUCGACUUCCCUAUCGGGUGGCCGCCACGGUUCGCGGCCCCCGACGUUGUGUCAGCGCUCCGGCGGAGUUUGACCGAGCUUCCAUUUACCAUCGAUUUUUCUAUGUGACGGCGGAGCAUGAUGAAGCUGAGAGUGCGUAAAGCUCCUCAGCACCCGUCCCCGGCCAAACGGAAACAUUGCGAAGUGGAGCCGUCCCCGGUGAGAGGUCGAGGCAAGAUGCAGAAGAACGAAACGGGCCUGUUCUCCACCAUAAAAAAAUUUAUUCGAGGAAAUGCUGUAAAGGUGGAGCAGGACAUUCCAGCCAAGAGAAGUCGUACUGAGUGUAAUUCUGAGAAUGAUCUUAUCACUUCAACACCGCAGACCAGAGAUCUCGCAAACAAAACUGUCUCCAGAGUUUGCCAGAAAACUCAAAGCAAAGACACGGUGACCUGCAACAAUAAACCCCUGAAGCCCAAUGGUAAACUAGAGGCCGCCGUCGACACUUCGAGCAGCCCUCCUCGUACAACACUACUGGGAACCAUCUUCUCUCCGGUCUUCAACUUCUUCUCACCUGCAACUAAAACUGCCACUCCAGGCUCAGAAUCUCCAGGCCAAGCAGUCGAGGCGGAGGAGAUCAUGAAGCAGCUGGACAUGGAGCCAGCAGAAGAAAUGCCGAGCAUCACCCUGACGUCCAGAGAAGGAAUCAUGCAGUGCCACACUGUCCCCAUGUUACCACAGAGGCUCCAGAUCACCUCUGACACCACCAUAGAAGAAGGAGAGAUCGUCACUGAAACAGACAUACCCCCGUUAACAGCUCCUGGGUGUAUGCCAGACGGCAGCUAUCCACACUCGCUACCCUCAGCACCUGCAGAAACCUCAUACGAGGAGGACUGGGAAGUUUUCGACCCGUACUUCUUCAUCAAGCAUGUGCCUCCGCUGACAGAAGAACAGUUAACACGGAAACCAGCGUUGCCGUUAAAAACGCGCAGCACACCUGAGUUCUCUCUCGUCUUGGAUCUGGACGAAACUCUGGUUCACUGUAGUUUGAACGAAUUAGAAGAUGCAGCGCUGACCUUCCCUGUCCUCUUUCAGGACGUUAUAUACCAGGUUUAUGUUCGAUUGAGGCCCUUUUUUCGAGAGUUUCUGGAGCGCAUGUCUCAGCUAUACGAGAUUAUUCUCUUCACGGCUUCAAAGAAAGUCUACGCUGAUAAGUUGCUCAACAUCCUGGAUCCAAAAAAACAGCUAGUAAGACACAGACUAUUUCGAGAGCACUGCGUUUGUGUUCAAGGAAAUUAUAUUAAAGACCUGAACAUUCUCGGACGAGAUCUGUCAAAAACAGUAAUAAUCGACAACUCACCCCAAGCCUUCGCUUAUCAGCUUUCCAACGGAAUCCCCAUCGAGAGCUGGUUUGUGGACAGAAACGACAACGAGCUCCUGAAGCUCGUUCCUUUCCUGGAGAAACUGGUGGAGCUGAACGAAGACGUCAGGCCGCACAUCCGAGAACAGUUUCGUUUGCACGACCUCCUUCCUCCAGACUGAGGAGCUCGUCUUUUCAUUUCAAGACGUCAACAAUUCAGUUCAUAAGACUCAACAGAAGGAAAUAUUCAGUGGGUUUUCUCUUCGCAUAUGCAGCAUUGCCAUUAUCUAUUUUUUUCUUCUUCUUUUUAAACUUGCUGAAAGCAUCAAAAGCUAUGUUUGAAUCAAGAGUCCUGGAUGUUUUUUUUUUUAACUCAAACCAGACUUGGAACAAAAGAUGGCCUUCUGGAUGGUCUUUAACGGUCUUUAACACCCAGUUCGGGUUGACAAAAGUGAAUGUCGUGAUGUCGGUUCUUACGGACCUUGUUGGUUUCAGCCUGACCUCCAAAGGCCAGUCCAACUUGUAUUUACCUGUAAAUAUGUGUACAUAAUUGUUUGGUUUUUUUUUUCUUCGAGGUUUUUAAGUCGUUUUAAUUUCACUUCAGAUUUUAAAAUGUAAUCUUUAAUCUGUUGCUUUUAUAAACCACACAAACUGUUGUUUUCUUUAAAAUUGUUGAGAAACAGACACUUUUUUCUCUCGGUUUUAUUGUAUGCCUUCAGUAUUCCUGUGAUGCUUUACUUUCAUUACAUGCAGUCGUCUGUAAAAAGGUGCAGUUUUCAAAAUAAGGGUUUGUUUGGGAGAGAAAUGUUUCUGAAAUAUUUUAAACAAAAAAAAAAAACUAUAAGCUAGAAUAAGGUCUCAAAUGAAUACAAAGCCAUAAUGGCCAAACAAUAAUUUUAGAGAUUUGUAUCUGAUUUGUAUCUGAGAGUUCGUUUCUGAUUUCGACACUUUGACGGGGUGGUAGGGGGGAGGGGGGUUCAGGCAUCUUGCACUUUGACAUCCGGCGCUUUGUAAGUUGAUAUAAAGUUGUGUCACUUUUCUAUACGGGUGUGCAGCACCUACAUUUGUUAUUUGGGGAGAAAAAAAGAGGGAAAAAAAGAAGAACAAUGAAAUUGUAGCACCAGCAAAUUUGCCAACAUGUCCGCUUUGAAAUGUUGCUUUUCCAAACCGUCUCGUUCGUUGGAACUUUGAUGUAGGAGUCACACGUUUUGACUUUUUGAAUGAUCACUCCCGGUGUAUUCAGUGUUACUCAGUGGUUUCCUUGAAAUUAAAUUCAUUUUUAUACGA